AUGGUGUCCUGCCCUGGGGAGGUCGUCUCCCGGAUUGCAAGUGAGGGCCUGAGAGAAGCGGUAAAGCGAAAAAUAAACCGGGAGCCAUCUGGCGACGAGAUGGCCCACUUUCUCUCAGGCUCCACUCUAUCCGGGGAGACAGCCAGCUUUGGCGACGCCGGAUUCUGGUCGAGGGUGAGGAUGGCCACCAAAAGGCAAGCUGUGCAUCUGGGGGUGCGUUGGGCCUGGAGAGGAGGUGAGCUACUGGUCGAGAGUAGAGGACAAAGAAACCGACCAGUGGCCACCGACUCGAACUCCAGGUCCCAACUCAUCCAACGUCUCAGGUGCGCAGCUCAGGAUGAGUUCCUGACCAUCCUCAUAAAUAAACCCGACCAGGGGAAGGUGGCGAAGCUCUCCACGCUAACCCCAGUCAGCAACGCGUUCAUACGCGACGGUAGCUUUACCAGGUUUGCUGACUGGCGGUUUAUCCACAGAGCCCGACUGGGAGUCCUCCCACUCAACGGAGCGAUCCGAUGGGGCAGCGGCGACAAGCGCUGCCGGGUCUGUGGAUAUCAGCUGGAGAGCGUUCCACACGUGUUGUGCCACUGCAUGCACCACUCAAACGCAAUGCAGCAGAGGCACAACGCGGUGAUGGAUCGCCUCGCCAAGGCUGGCUCACGGCUGGGGACCCCCAGGGUGAACUGCCGCGUGGAAGGGGUCGCCGAGGACAUGGCGGCCCUCAGGCCGGACCUGGUAUGGCGCGACGAACGGAGCAGAAAAAUCGUCAUAGUUGACGUGACUGUUCCGUUCGAGAACGGGGCUGAAGCGUUUGAUAACGCGAGGGGCGAGAAAGAAGAAAAAUACCGCCCCCUAGCUGAAGCCCUGCGCGCCAUGGGAUACCAGGUAAAACUGGAGGCAUUCAUUGUCGGAGCCUUGGGCUCGUGGGACCCUAAGAACGAAAGGGUCCUCAAGACUUUGGGUGUCUCUAGGUUUUAUGCUGGCCUGAUGCGCAGACUGAUGGUGGCCGACACCAUCAGGUGGUCCCGGGACAUCUAUGUGGAGCAUGUAUCCGGGAUCAGGCAGUUCACCCUGCCAAGUGGAGCUCCUUCCAACUAA